AUGUCCGCCUUGUAUGCUUUAUUUCUCAUUGUGGUGAUCGGUGCCCUAGAUGAGGAUGUUGACAAAACGUACAAUCUUGACGCCAACUUUUGGAACCUCGUUUAUACAUCAUUUGAUGCGCAAGCCCCACAAACGAUUCACAUAAGCUGGAAUGAAGAGGAAAUCGGGAAAACGGCUCGAAUCGAUGUCUCUUGGCUUUGCCCUAUGAAGCCUACUGAAAUCUUGUAUGAAUGCAUCGACGCGGUCGGGUGGAUUAUCGACGAUGUGCCGCUGAGUUUCGGCCAAAUACAAGCCUCUCCACAGUGCGCCGUUGAAGGGACUGAUGCGGAUUUCCUCUUUGUAACAUGUUAUCUCAACGGCUCUGUGCCGCCGAAAAGGUUCACCUACAACUCGUCGGUGGAUCUGAUUGGGACUGAAUGGGGCUUCUAUUCGGCGAUUUCCGUGCAAUCGGAGGAUUUUUGCGAUCCUUACACCGACUAUCGCUUGUUGACGUUCACCAACGGCAACACAACAGCCAUGCCAUCGUUGCAAGAAGUAGAUUUCGGGGGAAAUUACCCGAGACUCCGGUGGAGCGUCCUUCCGCUUGGUUUGAACGGGAAAAUCAAGCGAAUGAUUGCCCAUUUGGGAUUGAACUACAAUCGAAUCGGAUCCAUGUCAAACGAGGCG